CAGAGAAGCGGCUGAGCACAGGCACCCAGUGGGGUGGAGGGGCCAUGGAGGACUCUGUGGCCCCCCUGCUGCUGCUGCUGCUAUGCCCCGUGUCCCCUGUGACCCCCGUGACCCCCGUGCCACCCUGUUUCACGGUGCCACCGGAUGCUCCCACCAAUCUGAAUCUGACCAGCCACAGCCACGGAUGCACCGAGCUGGACUGGGACCUCUUCCAGCGGCAGAGCCACGUGUGGCUGAGCCAUAACGGCAUCGAGGCGCUGAGCCCCUCAUCCCGCGCGGAGCCGGGGCUGCAGGAGCUGGACCUGUCCCACAACAGCCUGCGGGAGCUGCCGGUCGCCUUCCUGAGCCACGCGCGGGGGCUGCGGCGGCUGCAGCUGCAGCACAACCACCUGCAGGAGCUGCCCCACGGCUUCUUCGCCAACGCCACGGCACUGCAGAGCCUCCAGCUGGAGGGCAACCCCCUGACCGCCGUGCCCCCCACAGCCUUCCAGCACAGCCUGCGCCUCCUGACCCUGCCCUGCCGCUGCGACGCCGUGGGCAGCGUCCUGGCACCCUGCUCCUGCUCCCACCGCAACUGCACCGCGCCACAGUGCCGCUGCUUCACCUCCCACCACGACUCCAUCAACGUCACCGAGUUCCACGCCCGGCAGUGCCGGGGCAGCGUGGGGCUGGUGGCUGGGCUGGCCGGGGCGGCUGCCGGGGCCGUUGUGCUGCUGGCGGCCGGCGCCGUGGUUUGGUACCGGCGCAGGAAAGCGGCCGCUGCUGCUGCCGGGGAGGAGUGGGGUAAGUGGGAGCCCACGGCGGCCCACGGGCAGCCCCGGUACAUCAGCCGCGCGGCUGAGAUCGGCACCAACAGCGACCUGCCGGACUAUGAGAACAUCUUUGUGAACCCCCACACGGCCCCGGGCACAGCGCGGGGAUGGGCACCAGGAUGGCAGGAGGAGCCGUACAGCCCCCCCAGCCCCCAGGCCCCAUCAGACGAUGACUAUUUCCUGGAGACCGUGACAGUGGCCGGGGAGCAGCCCAUCUAUGCCAACACACAGAGCCACAACGACAUCUACAUCAUCCCCGACCAGUGAGGGGCCCGGGAUUGGGAUGGGGCUGUCGGGGAUGUGUGAAGCUUUGGCUCCCACCAUUCACAUCCCUGGGGCUUCCCCUUGGGCCCCCCAGCCCAGAGGGGAUGGGGAUGGGCACUGCCCGUGGUGGGGACAGUGACAUGCAGUCUCUGUACAUGCAUCUGCCAGAGAUGCCUUUCUCAGCCCUCUCCUUUGCCCUGGUUCCUCCACGGGCUGAGGCUGUCGCUUCCUCCCGGGGCCAGGGGCCACGGUCUCUGCACAGCACCCGGCACUGGAGCCACCCUGGCUGGGGACACGCUGGGGCUGGGACUGAGGGCAGCCGCGGUUCCUCUUCCCCUUUCGGCUGCUGCUGCUGGAUUGUCAGAGCACACACGAGCUCGGGGCCGUGUCGGCGGUUGGGGACAUCCGGGCACUGCCACCAACCCCCACCCUCUUCCUGCUAAAUCUGUAACUUUGGGGAACAGCUCAACCCCCCUGGUUAAGGCUCCUCCAGAGAUCCCUGAGCCCGGCGCUGCUGGGACCGGGGACUUGGGGAGCACCACGGCUUUCCUGGGUGUCCCCCCUGGCUCUAUGUGGGUUCCUCAAGCUCCAGCCCUUCUGAUCUCCAUCCCAUCCCAUUAAAUGGUGUAAUUAUCUCAAA